AUGUUUUCAAACUUUGGCUCAUCAGUAUUUGGUGGAGGUAUGUCAGGUUUUGGAAUGGCCAUGAAUAAUAAAUUUGAAGAAUAUUUUAGGGUAUAUCCAAUAUCAAUGAUGCCAGAUCUUAUAAGAAAAGAUGAUGCCAAUUAUGGUGGUAAAAUAUUUUUACCUCCAUCAUCAUUAAAUAAAUUAACAAUGUUACAUAUACGAUAUCCAAUGUUAUUUGAAAUUAAAAAUGAACAAAAAGAUUUGAUUAGUCAUAGUGGUGUAUUGGAAUUUACAAGUGAAGAAGGAAGAUGUUAUAUACCUCAAUGGAUGAUGAGUACUUUAAAGUUACAACCUGGUAAUUUAAUUAAGAUUUUAAAUUGUGAUUUAAAUUUAGGUAAAUUUGUUAAAAUUGAACCUCAAAGUGUUGAUUUUUUAGAUAUAAGUGAUCCAAAAGCAGUAUUAGAAAAUGUAUUACGUAAAUUUUCAACACUAACAGUAAAUGAUAUAAUAGAAAUAAAUUAUAAUGAUUCAAUAUAUGGUAUAAAAAUAUUGGAAGUUAAACCAGAAAGUAAUAAUCAUGGUAUAUGUGUAGUUGAAACUGAUUUAGAAACUGAUUUUGCUCCACCUGUUGGUUAUGUCGAACCAGAAUACAAACCAAAGUCAAUUACUCCAAGUGCUGGAUCAUCUUCAUCAACUCCAAUAAAUCCAUCAAGUGUAAAUAGAGGAGCAGGAGCUGCAACAAUGGCAAAAUCAAUCAAUUAUGCAAAUUUAGUAAAUGACGCUAAUAAAGAAAAUAAAUUUAUGGGAUCAGGUCAAAAAUUAUCUGGUAAAAAAAUAGAUACAAAUAAUUCAACAAAUAAUAAUCCUUCAAUAAAGAUUGAUGAUCUAGAUAUAAAUGCACCAGCAGUUCCAUUAAAUUUACCAGAAAAUCAAUUAUUUUUUGGGUUUCCAGUAAUAUUACCGACUCAAGAAGAAAUAAAUGAAGAAAACAAAGAAAAUGAAAAACAAAAACAACAACAAUCAUCAUUUAAUGGUUCUGGUCAAUCAUUAAGACAAAGUAAAAAAAGAAAAGAUAAGAAUUUAAAUCAUCCACCUUUGAAAAAUCAUGAACGAAGUCCAGAAGUUAUAGAAAUUGAUUAA